GCCAGAGCUGGUGGAACCGGAUGACUGGACCUCCACGUUGAUGUCCCGGGGCCGGAAUCGACAGCCUCUGGUGUUAGGUGACAACGUUUUUGCGGACCUGGUGGGCAACUGGCUGGACUUGCCGGAACUGGAGAAGGGUGGGGAGAAGGGUGAGACCCGGGAGGCAGGAGCCCCCAAAGGAGGGAGGGGCCAGCCGCGGGAGCUGGGCCGCAGGUUUGCCCUAACAGCAAACAUCUUUAGGAAGUUCUUGCGUAGUGUGCGGCCUGACCGGGACCGGCUGCUGAAGGAGAAACCAGGCUGGGUGACACCCACGGCCUCUGAGCCCAGAGCCGGACGCUUGCAGAAGGGCAAGAAGCGGGGCCAUUCCAAGGGCUCUGGACAUUGCCCCUUCCCAGGUGCCUCGGAGCCCAGACGAGGGGAGAAUCCUUCAACCAGCUGCCCCAAGGCCCUGGAAUCCUCACCCUCUGGCUUUGAUGUUAACACAGCGGUUUGGGUCUGAAUCCUAGAGAUAGAAAUUUGACUGACCCAGAAGGGCUGGGUCCCAGUGCUGGGCCCCUGGGAAAGAAGCCGGGUGGUAUGGCUUUCAAAAGCCUAACUCCAAGUCCCUUCCGCCGAGAAGGGAGGGAGACGAAGCAGAGCAUCUGGAGCAGAGCUGACAGGCCUGUAGUUGGGCGAGGCUGUGCUAGGGGCUGGCUGGUGGGGGAGGCGAGAGUUCCUAGACAGACAGACAGAGGGAGAGAGAGGAUGUGUGUGUGUGUUGCUUUGGGGCUGGAGGUGGCAGCAGGAGGGGGCAGGGGGAGAUGACCAGGAAAUCCUUCUGACAUUCCUUCACUGCCCCCAAAGACCUCAGUGUAACAUCCUGCAUGGAUCGGGCACUGGGGCCGCAGGUUCCCCAGAGAUGCCGCCAAUAAAGACCUUGUUUCUCGUGUCCCCAGCCUCAUAACUGUUCGCUUCCUUGGCAAAGCGCUGCUCCAGUCACAGGGAGUAAAGCCUGGCCCUCCUGGGAAUGGGAGCAGAGAGGCAAAUUCCCACCCCCUUCUGUUGCCUUUGAGAUUUCAGCCCGUCCCUGGACCCUGAGAAACGGCUGAAUAAGGAGUGUGUGUAUAAGGAGUGCUUGGAGAAGCCCCCAGCCUUUCCAGAAGCACAGGAAAGGAAAGCUACUAUUUGUAUAGCACGUUAAACGUCUGAAAGCCUUUUCAUAUCCAUUAUCUCCUUCGUAAAUGGGCGAGAAAGGCAGGUAUUAUCCCCAUUUUCCAGAUGAGGAAGUAAGCCUGGAUGUGCUACCUGUCCAAGUACAGGCCGCAGGCAGGGGCUGACUGAGGAACAGACGCCGGGCCCUGGAAUCACACACACCUUCCCCAACACCCUGUCUCCAGCUCAGAACCUCCACCCAGGGCACAAGAACACGUGAAUUCACC